GAGAUAGAGUAAAAAGCGGGCAGUUUUAAAGUAGAAAGUUUUUUGUUAUUGUUUCUUUGUCAUUCUUCAAGUGAUGGUUAAAUAAGUUCCGUAUUAGAAGAUGAUCUCUCUUUGAUUUGGUUUUCAACAUCGUGACUCGCUAUAGUGUUUGAAUUCAUUAUAAUCUUCUCUUGUGAUGAAAUUUGACCUAUUAAAAAAUAGUCCUUCAUUUCAAUUGUGCAACCAUGAUUCAGCUAGGAAGCUUUCAUACUGAACUUGUCAACAAUGCUCAACUGGGGAGUCCAGUGCCCAAGCGUAGUCGACUUUCUUUAAAGAGGGCCACCCUUUGUCCCCCGCGCAAUAAUGUCAAAGUAGAGCCUGCAUCACAAUCAUUUGAUUCUGGCUAUGCAACUGAGUGCCUCGAGAACACUUUGAGCUCAAGAACUGUUCCUCCUGAAGCUGUUAAAACUGAAAGCAAUGAAGUGCCUUUGACUCAGAAUAAUGCAGUAUCAGACAAUCUGUUGGUAUCUUCAAACUCAUUUCUAGGUUUGCCUAAUUGUGGAAAUACAUGCUUCAUCAAUAGUGUUUUGCAAGUGCUCAGAUUCACACCUAAUUUUUUAAUGUCCCUACAUCAGUUGAUUGAAAUUGGCCGUCAGUCUGAAAAGCUUUCAGCCUUUGAAAAUGAAAUAAAAGAAAUCAUAUUCUUUGACCAUUUGCAUGAUCUCUACGUAGCCAUGAAAAGAAGAGAAAGUAUGCUGAAAAACAAGAGACGUGAAAUUCGUGUGAUUCCUAAACCUCUUAAGGCUUUCAUUUUAAGUUUGAGAGAAAUAUGUCUGCUGUUUGAAGAAGGUGAACAACAUGAUGCUCACGAAUUCUUACUAACUGUAAUAUCUAGUUUUGCAUCUAGUUGCAAAACAAUUAAAAAAAUAAGGGACAACUCUAGCAAAGAAAAAGUUUUAGACUGUCAUGUCACGACUCUGUGCCAAGAAAUUGAAAACAAUUUAAUGGAAGAACUAGCUACCAUAGAGCAAGUUGUGAAGCAAAAAAAUAUUCUUACUAAAAGGAAAGCAGUUGGAAGGUCGCCUAAGUCUCCAAGGUUAGUUUGUGAGCCAAGUGUAGGGAAUGUCGAAGACUUGACUCUUGGAUUUAAAGGCAAACUUCGUAUCACUGCAAAAUGUUUGGAAUGUGAGUCUCGACGAGAAAAAGAAGAUAUUUUUUAUGACUUGGGAUUUCCAUUUGCUCAUGACUCUGAUACGGAAGAUACUGUUGAUCUUAGAAAUUGCCUGGCACAGCAUUGUCAUAGUGUCAUGAGGGAUGAAAAUAAAGUUAAUUGUGAUGAAUGUUGUCGUAAAAAUGAAACCAAGAUGAGCUCAGAAGUAAUUUCAACACCUCCUGUGCUUUUAUUACAUCUGACUGAUUCCAGUUGCUCUAGAAAACUUUCAGCCUUUGAAAAUGAAAUAAAAGAAAUCAUAUUCUUUGACCAUUUGCAUGAUCUCUACGUAGCCAUGAAAAGAAGAGAAAGUAUGCUGAAAAACAAGAGACGUGAAAUUCGUGUGAUUCCUAAACCUCUUAAGGCUUUCAUUUUAAGUUUGAGAGAAAUAUGUCUGCUGUUUGAAGAAGGUGAACAACAUGAUGCUCACGAAUUCUUACUAACUGUAAUAUCUAGUUUUGCAUCUAGUUGCAAAACAAUUAAAAAAAUAAGGGACAACUCUAGCAAAGAAAAAGUUUUAGACUGUCAUGUUACGACUCUGUGCCAAGAAAUUGAAAACAAUUUAAUGGAAGAACUAGCUACCAUAGAGCAAGUUGUGAAGCAAAAAAAUAUUCUUACUAAAAGGAAAGCAGUUGGAAGGUCGCCUAAGUCUCCAAGGUUAGUUUGUGAGCCAAGUGUAGGGAAUGUCGAAGACUUGACUCUUGGAUUUAAAGGCAAACUUCGUAUCACUGCAAAAUGUUUGGAAUGUGAGUCUCGACGAGAAAAAGAAGAUAUUUUUUAUGACUUGGGAUUUCCAUUUGCUCAUGACUCUGAUACGGAAGAUACUGUUGAUCUUAGAAAUUGCCUGGCACAGCAUUGUCAUAGUGUCAUGAGGGAUGAAAAUAAAGUUAAUUGUGAUGAAUGUUGUCGUAAAAAUGAAACCAAGAUGAGCUCAGAAGUAAUUUCAACACCUCCUGUGCUUUUAUUACAUCUGACUGAUUCCAGUUGCUCUAGUGGGUUCUAUGAAAAGGCUGUUACAAAAGUUGCUAUUCCUUUGUCCCUCCAAACGAGUGAAAAUACAGAGAUAUUUGACUGUGAGGAGAACCAGACAUACUCACUCUAUGCAAUUGUUGUUCACAUUGGACUUUCCACAGAAGCUGGACAUUAUGUUGCCUUUAUUCGAGACAAUCAAAGCGAGUCAGCCGCUGUAGAUGAGACAAAACCUUCUGGGAAUUCUCAUACUUCAGACAUUGAACGUUGUUGUGCAACAACAGAAAUCCUCAACAGAGAAGCAGUCGGUUCAUCCAACAGAUGGUUCUUAUUUGAUGACGAGAAUGUAUCCCUAGUUUGUACAGAAGAAGGUGAAAAAACGUUUCCUUACUAUAAUUAUGUUGGUGUUACUGCUGCUCCCAAGAUGAUAUUUUAUUGUAAAAAUUAACUUCCCCAUUUGCAGAUUUUAAAACUUUUUGUCAUUUGUAUUUUAAGAAGUAUUUAUUUUCUGUAACGUUUUAUUACAUGAUAUAUUCCAAAGAAACUUUCCUUAAAGUGUACUUACAUCAUUGUUGAAACUUUUUUUGUACUGAACAAAUUGUAAUAUAUUUACCAGUUUCAAAUAAAU